CAAUUUGUAGCAAAAGCAACUGUGCAUUCAAUUCAAAUUAAGGAAGAUGUGGUCUGCUAAGAAGUGGAAAUCAGCACUUCAGGCUUUAUCAUUUCUACUAGUACUCUUCCUUCAUCGCCAAGCUUCAGCCGAUUAUAAUUGGGUCGUGAAAGAAUCCACAUAUACAAGGCUGUGCAGCACCAAGUCAAUAUUGACAGUUAAUGGAAAAUUUCCGGGACCAGUUUUACGAGCUUAUGCAGGAGAUAUUGUCUAUGUCAAUGUUCAUAACAGAGGCAGAUACAACAUCACUAUUCACUGGCAUGGAGUCAAGCAACCGAGGAAUCCAUGGUCUGAUGGUCCUGAAUACAUCACACAAUGUGGUAUUCAACCGGGUGGGAGUUUCAGGCAGAAGAUCAUAUUUUCUGUUGAGGAAGGAACCCUUUGGUGGCACGCUCAUAGUGAUUGGUCCCGGGCGACGGUUCAUGGAGCAAUUAUUGUCUAUCCAAAACCAGGAACUAGCUACCCUUUUCCCAAGCCCUAUGCUGAAGUUCCCAUAAUAUUAGGUGAGUGGUGGAAAAGUGAUGUAAUGGAGGUACUUGAUGAAUUUGUUAGAACCGGAGGAACUCCCAAUGUUUCUGAUGCUUACACCAUCAAUGGUCAACCAGGAGACCUCUAUCCUUGCUCAAAAUCAGAAACAUUCAAACUCUCUGUGGACCAAAACAAGACCCAUCUGCUCCGAAUAGUCAACGCUGCCAUGAACAGCAUCCUUUUCUUCUCAGUCGCAAACCAUAACCUGACGGUGGUCGCAGCAGACGCAGCCUACACCGCGCCAAUCUCAACACCCUACAUCACAAUAUCUCCUGGACAAACCAUUGAUGCCCUGUUGUUCACAGACCAACAACCUGGUCGUUAUUACAUGGCUGCUAGGGCUUACCAAGGUAACCUAGCGAUUGGUUUUGACAACACCACAACCACAUCAAUAGUUGAAUACAAAGAUGGCAAUGGAAAUGGUAAAACUGCUCCAUUUCCCUACCUUCCUUACUAUAACAACACGAAUGCAGCCUUUGGCUUUUUCAAUAGACUUAAAAGCCUAGCCAUUAACCAAACCGAUGUCGUAAAAACCACCACCACUCGAAUGGUUUCAACAGUAUCGGUGAACACAUUCCCUUGCCUUGGAAAUCAAACCUGUGAAGGACCCAAUGGGACGCGAUUAGCUGCCAGUAUGAACAACAUAAGCUUUGUGGAUCCGAGAGUAGAUAUAUUACAAGCUUACUAUUACUAUAUCAACGGGGUUUAUAAAGAGGGUUUCCCAGAUUUUCCACCGUUGAUUUUUAACUUCACAGCUGAGGACUUCCCUCUGAUAUUGGAAAUACCAGAGAGGGACACAAAGGUGAAGGUUUUGGAAUAUGGAUCGGAUGUGGAAAUUGUUUUUCAAAACACAAAUUUAGUGGCUGGGAUAGAUCAUCCCAUGCAUCUUCAUGGCCAUAGCUUCCACAUUGUUGGAACUGGCUUUGGGAAUUUUGAUGUAAAAAAGGACCCAUUGAGCUUCAAUCUUGUUGAUCCUCCUCUUAGGAACACAGUUACUGUGCCCUUAAGUGGAUGGGCCGCUGUCAGAUUCAAGGCCAGAAAUCCUGGAGUGUGGUAUUUACACUGUCAUCUUGAACGUCACCUAACAUGGGGAAUGGACACCGUCUUCAUCGUAAAGAAUGGAAAACACCCAAAUGAAACGUUGCCGCCCCCUCCACCAGACAUGCCGCCGUGUUGAAAAUUUGGCUAAACUAGCUUAAUUACUAGUGUCUCCAUGGUCAUGCAUGGUGUAGUAUAUAUCAGCUGAGCAAUGAAAUAUGAUGUUAUAUAAAUAAUAACGUAUUAUUUAAGGAUGAAGGCGAUGCUGAAGAAAGAUGGCAGAGUAGCAAACAACCAACAUCAAUGUUGCAUACUUGUAACAAGAGAUGUGCAUAUAUGCCUUUACUUCAAACAGUCAAAGGAACCAUGGAUCGAGGUUAGCCGCGAAAAGAGUAGUUUUAUAUACAUCCCUCUAAAUGUUAAAUACACAUCUCUGUUUUUGGAAAUUCUCAUACCAUGUUCACAACUAAGGCCUAAGAAAGAACUAAUUAUAUAUAGACAUAAUCAUUGGCGAAGAGAUUUUCGUUGAUAUGAGUUUUGUCAUCAAUCUCGUAUCGCCAAAUCCAGUCCUUUUUCGCCGGAGCAUUAAUUAUAUAUACAUACAUACACCCUCAAGAACAAAUCCUCAAGGAACGAACAGCUCACAGGAGAGCAGAGGAGCAUCCACUAUGGUGAGCCCCAUGUCUAGAGAUGAAGCAAAACUAGCAAUAAAAUCAGCAACAAAGUUUCGCUGGCUGUAGAUUUGUGACUCACACUAAAGCACCAAUCUUUGUGAAGUAGAGCUUGACAAGCCUUGAUUAUUGUGGCAAGUGAAGACAGAGGCAAUGAACAGAUUCAAGAGAUAGUAGCAGCCGAGCACGAUUGUACUUGUACUUUUGGGUAACCCGGAUCUUAUGUCAGUUGAAGGCCAUAAAGAACACCCCAAAGUUCCACUGUGACUAGUGGCGGAUUUAGGAACCGAUUCUUGUCUAGGCUAAUUAGAAGUGCACAAAAAUUUGAUCAAGCACCUCUAGAGACUAGAGCAUGCCGUGAAUUCCAUCCAAACGCAGCAGCAAUAUGUCUGCCUACAACAAAACCACAAACCGACCAGAUGAUUUCAAAGAUUAGAGCUUUUCAGAUUAAACCUACAAACCCAACAAUUGGGCUUCAAGAUUGUUGCCAGAAAUUUAGCGUAGAUUCAUGGGAUUUCCUCAAAUCCGAAUUUAAAUGAUCCCCAUGAAGAUGAAAGAUAGAGUUUCUGUACCUGUGAAUCUAUGACCCCCAAAUAGGACUUUAAAUCUCUAAAUUACCGGGGCGGCUCGGGGUCGUUGCCGGACAUCAUGGACUCACGGUGAUUUCCUUCGGGAGUUUGUGGGUUCAAGCGUUCAAUCGUUCAACUAAGCAAGUAAGCAGCAACUGACCUGCUGUGUCGUACUGCUGUUGAGGACUCGGUGGAGUAGCUCCAGAUAAUUUUUUUUUUCUUCUUCUUUGGGCUAUUAUGGGCAGAAGGGAAAUAUACAUAUACUUAUGACUUUUUGGGCAAAAAUCUUAUCUAGGCUACAGCCCAGACAGCCUACCAUCUGGCUACGCCCUAGACUGUGACUCCUGUGGGUAUUAAUUUGUAUUAGUAUUAUGUUCAAAUAAAUCCUUAUUUGUGUGUGUGGCCCAAACUCUAGGUU